UGUUGUUAGAUGGGUAUGGUGUGGAAAUAUUCAGGGCGUUAACUGGUACUUUUCCUUCUCAUCGUUUCGUGCCAGCUAUUUAUUUCCUGUCCUCAUCGUGAAGUUGCAUUGCAUCUCGAAGGUCCUUGAAACACGACGUCCGGGCCAACUCUUAACGUUAACGCAGAACAAAAUGGGAGAUCCUUGGCAAGAAUCGAUGGACCAUGCCAUUGUUGUGGCCAGGAAAGCAGGAGCAGUUAUCCGUGAUGCACUUCAGAAUGAGGUUAAGAUCAUGACAAAGAGCUCCUCUGUUGACCUGGUCACCAAAACUGAUCAAAGAGUGGAGAGGAUCAUAAUUGACUCUGUCAAAGAAAAAUUUCCCAAGCAUAGCUUCAUUGGAGAGGAGUCAGUAGCAGCAGGAGAACCCUGCAUUCUAACGGACAACCCCACAUGGAUCGUAGACCCCGUGGAUGGAACGACAAACUUUGUACAUGGGUUUCCCUUUGUAGCUGUGUCAAUUGGCUUCGCUGUCAACAAAGAGCUUGAGUUUGGAGUGGUGUACAGCUGUCUGGAAGAUAAGAUGUACUCCGCGAGAAAAGGCAAAGGGGCCUUCUGUGACGGAGAGAAGCUGCAGGUAUCGGACCAAACAGAUAUGAGAAAAACUAUGAUCAUCAGUGAGCUGGGGUCAAACAGGGAGCCAGAGAAGGUCAGCAAGAUCUUUUCCACCAUGCAAAGGAUCCUCUGCAUCCCAGUGCACGGGAUUCGAGGUUCGGGCACUGCUGCCACCAAUAUGUGUAUGGUGGCAUCGGGGGCGGUUGAGGCCUUCUUUGAGAUUGGGAUCCACUGCUGGGACAUCGCCGCUGGGGCAGUGAUCGUCACAGAGGCUGGGGGCGUCCUGAUGGAUGUGGAUGGAGGACCGUUUGACUUGAUGUCAAGAAGGAUGGUUUCGGCAAAUAAUAAAACAAUUGCUGAUAGGAUCGUCAAAGAGAUAGAGAUCUUUCCUGCAGAGAGGGAUGAUGUCCCCAAAAAGAAGUGAGGACUUCAUGCCAUGUCACCAGUGCCGCCUCUAUGGACCGUCACCCCUACGACUGGAGUGUUGAAGCCCUGUUAAGUUUUACAUUUGGGUCAGAAUUGAAGUAGUUCCUCCGCAUUUCACCGCAGACCACUGUCAAAUGCCUUUUUUUCACUGUAUGCCAAAAACGUUUUCACUGUAUGCCAAAACAGCAUUUCACUGGGCAUUAGUUUGUUUCGCUAAUUUAAUUAGAACACCUGUGAGGUUCAUAUGAUGUCAGUAAAAAUUUUGUUUUUCUAAAAAUAAAUAAAGAGUUUCUUAUGUU